CACUUCCCUUCUCUAAAUCAAUGCCUUUUAUAGGCAGGACUGCCUUUUAGAACUGUGCCUGCCUUCUGUCACUCAACAACCUGUGCUUCUUACAUAAAGUAUAGCCUACAGCUCUGAACAUCCAACAACCCGGAACAUGGAGACGCAGCUCCUCUGUGCCAGGAGCAGCUGAGUGCGAGCUGAAUGCGACUCUGGGCACUUGAUUUAAGACGUUUGCUUAAAGUUAAAGGGUUUCUGAUUGGACGGCAUGGGGAAUCUGAUCAAGGUUCUGACGAGGGACAUCGACAACAAUGCGGGGAAUUUUUUCCUGGACUUUGAAAACGCUCGGCCCACCGAGGCAGAGAGAGAGUUAUGGGAACAGGUGAACAAGGUUCUGAUGGAGGCCAUGAGUGUUUUAGAGGAUCUGCAGUCCUACAGUGGAGCUGGAGAAGCCAUUAGACAGGCCAUCCAGCAGCCAACUAAUGAAAGUGUGCAAGAGAAAGCCUGGAAUGCUGUGGUGCCGCUGGUGGGCAAACUAAAGAAGUUUUACGAGUUCUCUCAAAAGCUGGAAGGAACCCUGCACGGCCUGCUGGGAUUCCUAACGAGCGCACACUGCAGCCCCACACAGCACUUGGAGCAGGAGCAGGCUCUUGCGCGCCAGUUCGCCGAGAUCCUCCAUUUCACUCUGCGCUUUGACGAGCUCAAGAUGACUAACCCAGCCAUUCAGAACGACUUCAGCUACUACCGCCGGACCCUGAGCCGCAUGCGAAUCAACAACUUGGCAACAGAGGAAGAAAACGAAGUAAACAACGAACUGGCCAAUCGCAUGUCUCUGUUCUACGCCAAUGCUACACCAAUGCUGAAAACAUUAAGUGAUGCCACGACAAAGUUCGUAUCUGAGAAUUCAGAUUUACCCAUCGAAAACACGACAGACUGCUUAAGUACGAUGGCGAGUGUGUGUAAAGUCAUGUUAGACACACCGGAGUACCGUACCCGUUUUGCGAGUGAAGACACAGUGUUAUUCUGCCUGCGUGUCAUGGUGGGAGUCAUCAUCCUCUACGAUUACGUUCAUCCUGCCGGAGCAUUCGUCAAGUCCUCAAAAAUUGAUAUGAAAGGCUGCAUUAAAGUCCUGCGGGAUCAGCCACCUAACAGAGUAGAAGGUCUGCUUAACGCACUCAGGUACACGACAAAACAUUUGAACGAUGAGACUACCUCCAAGCAAAUCAAAAACAUGUUACAAGUCUGACAGCGUCCAUAAAACGGUACUUCUCGAGAACUUAUUGAGGAUUUGGACCCUCUUCUGAUGAGUUUUUAACUGCUGAGAGAAUGGCCAUGUAUCAGGUGGCAGCUACUGGGAUACACUGCUGUAUGAUGGUCCUAAUGCGACUCUGAAGAGGAGUGCCUCUGCUGUGUGUGUUUUUUUUUUUCUUCAUCUUUUUAUUGCCCUUGUGUAUUUUAUUUUAAUGGUUGACAGAGUGCCAAAGCAGAAACAUUUAUUUUUUGUAAUUUCUUUUGUUAAAAAGCUGAUUGUUUUGACAUUUGAUAAACCUUUUUAACAAAAUAAAGAAGCUCUUUAAAUCA